UAUUAUUGUUGAUGGUUGUACUGUAGCGCCAAGUAAUGAAGCAUUAGUCUGCAUUAGAUCUAAUCUACAUUUGACAAUACAUUUAGAUUUGUUCAAUAAAAAUACAAAAAUGUUCUGUCACUAAAUAACGGAAUGAUUGCGGAGGAUCUCUUUAGUGAUCAUACUAAUCAGGUGAGCACUGGCAAGGCUGAUCCAGAGGAGGAGACAAACAAGUCAGACUCUGGCAUGGAGGAGUCUUUCAACCAAUCAAAAGUUGUAUCUGAUGAAGAAGAUGAUGCUGCUACUGUCUCUGUCAGUGCAGGUUCAAAGGUUAGAAGACGGAGAAUGAUUCUUGAUGAUGAUGAGGAUGAUGAAAGCCAUGAAGAUGUAAAGAAUGAUGGUGACACUAGCCAUGAGGUGGGGUCAGACAAUGCUGACAACGAUCAAGAGACCGUCCCACCUCUCACUUUCCCAUCUGAUGAUGAUGACCAAGAUGACGACACACCCAAGCUUUUGAUAGAUUGGAAGGAGAACAAGGAACUAUUUGAUGCAGAGAGUGAUGACGAUGACAGACCAAGGCUUGAGGAUGAUGCUGUUAGGCCAGGCAGUGACGAAGAUGCCAGCAAUGAGGAAGGCAAUGAAGAUGAAGGCUUUGAUGAGAGCCAGAUAAAUGCUGGUGUUUUGGCCAAAUUAAAAAAGCUUAAGGGGGCGUCCAAAUCUAAAAAGGAGAGAGUCAAAUAUUCUAGAAAAGCAAAACCAUCAGCAGAGAAAAUGCUAGAGAUUUACAGUGAUUCACAAAGGAUGCUUAGAGAGUCGCGUGUCAACCUGCCUUACUAUGAACCAGAAACCAAAACCCUCAAUGAUUUCCUGGCUAGAGCCUCACAGAAAAGACAAGAAUAUGCCGGACUCAAGAGAGCUAAAGAUAUUGUGAAAGCACAUGUGAUACAAGAAAAACUUUCCAUUCCCCGACUACCAACACCCCCCAGAAAGAUGAAAUAUCAGGCCAAGGCAGAUCAGGUGGCAACUCAUUCCUGUCCUGAUGAUUCUGGGAUAGCAUCACAAGGGCAGACAACUACAGCUACUCUUGAAGGAGGGGACUUAAAAACUGUGAGUCCAGAGGUUGUUGAGGAAUCGGAUGCUUUACCUGAUAUAGUGCCAGCUAGACUAAACCUUCCUAUAGACACAACACCAGAGGUUCCAGCAAACACUGACCACACGUCUGCUGGUCAGUGUGACCUCACAUCAGCUGGUCAGCUUGACCUCAGCCACAGAAAUGUGGAGAGUCCAACUCAAGAAAUUCCAGAUUCUAGCCACAAGGACGUUACCUCAUCAGAGCAUCUCUCUGUGCCAUCAUCUGACCAUUUCUCUGUGCCAUCGCUAUCUAAAGACCCAUCCCGGGAUUUAUUUCUCUCCCAGAGUGUCAGUGGCUCAGCUCACCAGUCCACAGAGACAGAUCAGUGCGGGGGUCAUGACCUGACCCCUGACAAGACAAUCACUGCAGCAGGUAGCCUGGGACAAGCAGCUGUUGACACAACAGCUCCUGCCAACAAAUUGCUGGAUGCAGUGGGUGGCCUAGACAAGGCCAGUGAUGGCAGCCCAGCAUUAAAAAAACCACCAAAACCCAGUCUGCUGGAGCAACUUGAGACUUUGAAUCUUCCAGCCCUGCCACGCAUCACUGGCUCACCCAAUGGGAUUAUUUGCCUGGAUGAGCCUGAGGCCGCCUCAAAGAAUCCAGAUUUGGUCAAGUUCAUGCAUAAAUUUGCUGAGCAUGCUAGGCCAAGGAAGCACAAAGCUGGACAUGAUGUUAAUCUCAGCCUUGUAGAGAAGGAGGGUGAGAGUGGUGAGCACCAGAAGCUCAAGCUGAAGACCUUGACCUAUCAUGUGGAGUCAGAUGAGGACAUCCUGCAAGAGGAAACUCCAGGCGCCAGGUUGGUCAAGCUGAAGCAGGAGCUGAGUGCUGGCAUGAAGAAGAAGAGAGAAGAGGCGCGCCAGAGGAGGCUGCAGCUCUAUGCUCUAGAGAAUGAGGAAGGUUUUGAAGGAGAGAAGCAGGAGGAGGAAGAAGAGGAGGAAGAGCUAUCAGAGAGCAGCUCAGAAUCUAGUGAGGAAGAAGUAGAGAAGUUGAUCAAUGGAGUUGAAGAAGAUUCUGAUGAUGAGAGAGAUUACAAUCCGCUACUGGAUACAGAAGCAGUGGAUGACAGUGAUGGAGAUGACAAGAAUGAUGACAGUGAUGGAGAUGACAAUGAUGAAGACAGUGAGGACAACGUGAGUGAGAUACACCUCCAUUUUGAUGCCUCAGACAAUGAGGAGCAAGCGGAGGACUCGGACAAUGAAGAUAUUUUGUUGAGCUCUCGAAAGAAAAAUAAGUCACAGAUAGUUGAGAGUGAUGAUGAAGAUGUUGGUGGUGAUAAAAGUGAUAAUGAAGAUGAUGGCAAAGAAAAACCAGCUGACAGAGAAGACAUAGAUAAAGAUCCGCUGAUCAAUUUUUUGUCCAGUGGAAAGGCUGGGAAUAAACUGGAUGAUCAUGAUGAGGACAAGAGAGAGUUCCUGAGGUCCCCAGAUCUGUACACCUCGGAGGUGAGUCAAAUCAGCACAGUGGUGGAGCAUGUCGAGUCCUCCCAGAUGAGCACAGUGCUGGACCCUGUUGACUCCUCCCAGUCUGUUCCCUGCUCCCCUUUGAUUGAUUGCGAUGGUUUUAUUAAAAGAAGUCAAGCUCCAGUAGUCAAAAGCAGUUUACUCCCAUUUGAAUCAGCCAGCAGUUUUUCAAACUUGGAUGCCCUGGCUGACCAGUGUAGCUUGCCUUUUACUGCUGGCAACAUUUUCAAAGGCCUGAUGUCCCAGGACCUCAGCAAGAAUACAGCAGGGAGUCAGUCUGUUGGGGGUGACUUGUACCAGUCCAUGGGGGGUGACUUGAAGGAUGAAGGUGAUAGCAACAUGUCAGAAAUUAUUGGGCUCUGCUCUGGAUCUUUUGGGGCUGGUCCAGACAAGAGUGUCACACCCAACAAGUACAACCAAUUGUCACUCAGGUCACAGGUGAAACAAGCAGCCUACCAAAGUGAUGAUGUCUACGAUCCUUUCUCCAUUCUCUCUGUUGAAGAAUCAGUCAACAAAUCACCCAGGAAAUUCUCUAGAAUAAAGAAAGUUCUGUCAGACAGUGAAGAUGAUACCAGCGAGGUGGGGGAUAGAGAAGCUGAUACGGACGUGGAAGAGGGUGGGGACUCUGAUGACUCCAGCAAACCUGUUACAUUCACCAGCUUUAAGGACAAAAAACGCAGAAUAAGACAAGAGUUUGUUGAAGAUGAGGCUGAACUGUCAGGCAGUGAAUGUGAAAGUGAUGAGGACCUUGACCUUGCUGAGGAGGAUGACAUUCUGGAGGAGGAAGAGGGAGAUAAAGAGAUGGCCGGAGUCUCAGAGGAGAAGCUGAGGGAACAAGUUGGCAGGGUUCACAUGAAACAGCUGCAGGAUGAUGAUGACAGACAGGUCCUGUUAUACAAGGAGAUGUACCUACAGGAUGGCGACCUUUACUCUGAGGGUGGGGGCAGGAUGAGAAACUUCAGAUGGAAAAAUGCAGAUCACCAGUCCCAGCAAGAUUUGUUUGCCAACAUCUCGGAUGAUGAUCAAGUAGAUGAGGAUGCUGAUGAGAUCAAAUGGAGGAAAGACAGAUACGAGCGGGAAAAGUUUUUAGCUGAGGCAGAGCCAAAUCCAUCGAGUGAAGAUAGUCAACUUGUAAAACUUGGGCAUGUUUACUUAAAGAGAAGAGAAUCCUUCACAGCCCCCAUAAAGACAAAUGCCACCAAAGAAAAGAUGCUGCCACCUGAACCACCUAAAGCUAAGCUGACCAAGAAAGGAUCGUUCCUGUCCAGAAAAGAGGACACACUGGUCAAACUGACCACACCAUCCACACUGCUGACUGGGAGAAGCUCAAAGAAUUUUAUCUUCCAAUCUAUUGACCCAGAGGCUCAAGAUUCAACUGUUAAUUCCAGCUCCCAUCCACCUAAACGCAAGGCACACAGUUGUACAGAGCAGGCAGCCAAGAAAGCUAAACUUUGUGCAACUCCCCCAGUCAAAAGACAAGACAGUAUCUUUAACCUGCUGGACUAGGAAAUGUUUUCUUGUACACAUUUUAUGUAGCCAAAUGUUGAACCGUUUCUGUACAUUUCAUGUACUUGUAAAAAUAUUGUACAUAGUCAUUUAUUUAUUGUAAUUGUUAAAAUGUUCAACGUAACAAAAUCUGUUUAUUU